UUCGACUGUCAAAACCGGAAAAAUUCUCACGUCAAACGUUACAAUGCAAAACGGACAAAUUUCAGACAAAGAUAAAAAGAAAAUAAUAUUGAGCAUCACAAAAUUCCUCAACGAGGAAAAAACAAGGGACGAAUAUCAAAACAGCGACAGAGACUCCUUCGAUGUGGCCGUCCAGUGUCUGGAAGACAUCUUCAAGAUAGAUAACGAGACCAGAGGUUCGCUCGCUGAUGAAGUACCGGAUCUGAGGGAACUCUUCCCCGUAGAAGAUGUUAACGUAUCCCAAGAAGACGAGUUAAAAGCGGAGGAGUUCAAAAACCGGGGAAACACCUUGAUGACGGACAACGAAUUCAAGAAGGCCGUCGAGGAGUACACCCAGGCCAUAGCUCUGAACCCGAAGAACCCUGUAUACUUCUGCAAUAGAGCCGCGGCUUACAACAAGGCAGAACAACCUCUGAACGCCAUUUUAGAUUGCAAAACUGCCAUCAAACUGGAUCCCAAAUACAGUAAGGCCUACGGUAGAUUAGGCAAGGCGUACUCAGAGAUAGGUUUGACCAAGGAGGCACACGAGGCUUACCUAAACGCUCUGAAAUACGAUCCGAGCAACGAAAUGUACCAGGAGAACUUGAAGUAUCUUGACGUCUGUCAAGGGAAUGACCAGCAGCAGAAUGCUGGAUUGUUCAACAACUCGGCUCUGUUCAAGAUUAUUCUGCAGCUCAUGGAGAACGAUUCGUUCAAGGAAAUACUGGAGAAGCUCACGACUAACGAGAGCGAUUCGCCUUAUAUCAACAACCUCCUGCAGAUGGGACAGGUGCUGGUCAAUAGACUGCAAGGUGCCGAGCCUCUACCCCAAUUCCAGAGAAACCCAUAGCUAUUUUGAAUUUCAUGUUAUCCCUUUGGUGUAUUCAUUUGAAAUAUAUAACUUCAU